UCAGAGAUGAUGAACAGCGGCGUCCCUUCCCUGGUCGGACGUCUGUUUGAAGAUCCUAUUGUGCCCGCAAAUAUUUGAGGAAGUGGCAGUCGAAACGCUGAGCGGCAUUCCUGAGACGUGAGGACCAGGCACAGGGUGUCUGAGUACAGAAGGGCGAGAGAAGACGGCUGCACGACCGGAUAGAAGUUACCGAAUCACCCCAAGUACAGACGAUAAACACGCGCGGGGCACGGAGAACAGAGGGCAGACGCGUCCUGAGCUGUGCUGGGACCGACAGCUGCCCGAGUCCGGACGUCUGGGUAAAACUACACACGCCCUUCUUGUCGGGCACCUUUUUCGGGCCGUUCUCGUGGCAGAGCCUUGCCAACUUGCAGAGCGUUCUUCUGUCGUGGGUUACAAAUAGAAGUUAUGCGCUAAAGGAUUCUCCUGGAGGCAACUUGGACAAGAGUCAAGGAGGAGACAGACGCUGAGAGGGAGGCGGAGCCUAAGGACCAAGGACGGCAAGGAGGGUGAGCAUGUGCGGGCCGGCGGGCGGUGGCGUGCGGAGGGCGAUGGAAGCGGGCGCGAGGGUGCGGGUGUUGUGGGCUCUGGUGGUCCUCCUGGUGUCUGCAGCGGUCGGGCAGGAGCUGGAGACGGUCGAGAUCCGUCUGCGGGGCGGGAGUGACGACAACGAGGGGCGAGUCGAGGUUUUGUACAACGGGGAGUACGGGACGAUCUGUGACGAUGAGUGGAAUAUCAACGCUGCAAAUGUGGUCUGCCGUCAGCUGGGGUACAAGGGCGCGGUGGACUUCAAACGGAGCUCGUUCUUCGGACCCGGAACAGGUCAGGUUUUCCUGGACAAUGUCGUCUGCAAAGGGAACGAGACCAAGAUAGGCGACUGCUCCCAUCGCGGGUGGGGGAAGAACGACUGUAACCAUGACGAGGACGCCGGCGUCGUCUGCAGCACCGAGGUCCGGGACGACAUCGACAUCUCAGACCGAUACGUAAGUCAGGUGACUCUAAGAGUGGGUGACAUCAGACUACGAGGCCUCACCAAAAGAUUACCUCAGGCGGAAGGAUACGUGGAGAUCAAAUACCAGGAAAAGUGGUGGCCGAUUUGCGCAGAUGGAUGGGACUAUAACGACGCUAAGGUUGUUUGCGGUCAACUGGGGUUCAGGGACGCCCUCACAGUCGACCUUCGGAAAUACAGGUAUGAGAGACCACUGUUACACAAGGACGCCUGGCUGACCCGGGUAGACUGUACGGGGUCGGAAUCGACCCUGACGGAGUGCCGCCUGGAGAGACUGAUCCAGGGAACCGUGUCCCUGCCCUGCCUGUCCAACAUGACCGCCGUGGUGAAGUGUGACCUGGGCCCGCGUUACUCCGGAGUCUCCCCUACAACACAUAGGAAGUUAUCUGCUAUUACCACACAGCCCCAGUUCGUGCGGUUAAAAGGCGGUGCGAACACGGGUGAGGGCCGGGUGGAGAUCUACUAUAACCGGCAGUGGGGGACGGUGUGUGGCCAGUCCUGGGACCUGAAACAGGCUAGCGUCGUGUGCAGGGAGCUCGGCUACGGGUCCGCACGAUCCGCGCCCAAAGGGGCACAGUUUGGGCAAGGUCAUGGACCAGUCUGGUUGGACCACGUAGUGUGCACUGGGAACGAGCUGUCUAUAGUGGACUGCGCACACUCCAACUUUUCUGCCACCAGCUGCACCCAUGACCAUGAUGCAUCAGUGCAAUGUAACGUUCCGGAUCUGAAAGUCAAGGAAAAGAUCCGUCUGUCGGGUGGGCGGAACCCGCGGGAGGGACGAGUGGAGAUACAGAGAGGACGCAAGUGGGGAAUCAUCUGCAGCAACAGCUGGACGUACAAGGAGGCCGGAGUGGCCUGCAGACAGCUGGGGAUGGGAUACGCUCUGCACGCGCUGAAGGAGGUUUGGUACUUUGAGGGAGACAAGCUGGACUUUGUCAUGGCGGACCUGAAGUGUGACGGGACGGAAGAAGCGCUUCACUUCUGUUCGUACAAGUCCUGGACCAACAAAGAGUGCAAAGGUCACCAGGUGGCAGGCAUCAUCUGUACCCAGGCGAGGUUACCUGACCUGGUACCAGACGCGUCUCAGGUCCGACAGUCCAUCUACCUGGAGGACCGGCCGCUGUACCUGCUGUACUGUGCCGCUGAGGAGAACUGUCUAGCCAGCUCUGCGUACCAGAUGGAGUGGCCGUACGGGUCCCGACGUCUCCUCAGGUUUACCCAGGCCGUGGCCAAUUUCGGCAAGGCCGACUUCCGGCCUAACAUCGACAGUUCGCAGUGGAUCUGGCACCAGUGCCACGCCCACUACCACAGCAUGGAGAUCUUCACGCAGUACGACCUUCUGUCCGAAAACGGGACCAAGGUGGCUGAGGGACACAAGGCCAGCUUCUGCCUGGAAGACUCUCACUGCUAUGAUGGUUAUGAGCCUAAGUACGACUGUAAUGUGGGUGAACAGGGAAUCUCCAUGGGGUGUGAUGACACUUACAAGCACAGCCUGGAUUGCCAGUGGAUUGAUAUCACGGGUGUUCCAUCGGGGACCUACACCCUGGAGGUCAUAAUAAACCCGUUGCGGGCAGUGGCAGAGAUGGACUUUGAAAACAACAGAAUCUCAUGUAAAAUUAACUACAAUGGGUAUCAAGUCGUCGCCACCGAAUGCCAUUUAGGAGAAGAUGAAUUGUUGAACAGUAUAUACUGAUGAUGGGAGUUCCCCGGAUGUUAGUCACGUGACCAUUAUGAGGCAUGCUCUGCUGCUACUCACCAUUACUGUACGGUGGAACCCCCAUGGUGGAAGCUUCAUUCGCCUGAUGAACAGUUCACUAUGCACUUCACGUCUUUCCGCUAGGUGGCCUUGCAGGGUGCAGAUAUCAUAGAGGAACUCGCGAGCUUGCAUAGAGCUUGCAUAAUGUCGUGCGUUGUAGAUAGAUGUAUAUCUACGUAGAUGUAUAUCUACAUUUAUGUGGAUAAAUGUAGACGCCUCUGUUGAGGCUUCAUGUACGGCAAAUUUCUUGACAUAUUGUCCCAACACUGCCGUGUAGGAUGAUAUACUAUUAUGCCACAUACCGGGUGUCCCGGUUGCUGAUCUAUUCUUUUUCAAAAGUGCUUCAUGGCAACAUGGAUUUAGCAAUAUAAUAUCUAAACCUAUCAGUCUAACCUCAUCAGAAAUCAGACUCCUGGUACAUAGUUUGUGUCCAGCCUUCUGCGGCUUUCUGUUACUCCACGAGUACGGUGUCAGGGACGUGACAUGCGAUUUGUAGUUCGAAAACAUAGAUAAAAGUAUAGUUUUUUUUUGUGAAGGACCACGAUCUACAAAGACAAUGGUGCUAAAUGACAUUCACGUGAUAAUUAAGUAUUAUAUAUUGGACAGAAUCAUAUUUAUUAUCAUUGUUACUGACUGAGAUGUACAGAAACUGGGUAUACCUGGCAGUGAUACUAACAACGUUGGUAGAAAAUGGUUUGCGUUUCUAAUAAAAUUGGUAAAUAAAGUCCCUCUAAUUAGUCUUCUCUUUCCCGACAUGUAUUGUCCACGUACUGGAUCCUACCUCAUAUCUCUGUCCGGAUGUAGUUGUGUUUGUUCCAACACAGAGGUUGUACAGUAGGGAACAUCUCGCGCUUGCCGUUCACGUGUACAUGGGAACUUUUGUAAGUGAUUCUGUAACGUUUCACUUAGUUUUAUAUAGUCCAUAUCUUAUAGCGUGUCACUAAUCUCAACCACUCGGUCAAGUGUUCAAUGUGUUUAAUUCCUGUUCUCUGCCAGCAUAUGCGUUCCUGUGUUGUAAAUGAAUCUCAUGUACUGCCAUUAUAAGACGAAUAUAUAUAGAGUAACGUGACGUAGAGUAAAUGUGUCCUUGUAUAAGCAAUAUGUAGUUGUAGCAAAGACAGUGUAAGAACUUCAAUGCGUUCAUUUGUAUAUUUGAACAAUUAUCUUUCAUAAUGAACCGGUUACUAUGAUGGCUGGUGAGAAAUAAUAUUGAUACAAAUGAAUAUAUUCUUAUCCUGUUUUACGCAUGAAUAGCUCACAGCUGUGAACUUUGUAAUUAAAAAGGGCACCAAAAUAUAA